UUCUUGCGGAAGUCCGUCCCAUGGUAUACCUGCCAUCAUCCUCCCACACACUCGUUUUUUUCUGAACAGUUUGUAUUACUAUUUUCUCUCUCAAUUGAGCUCGCACUCCUUUGUAGCUCGGUAUCUCUCAUUGGAUAUCCGUUUCAGUUUCAACUGCUAUGUUAGCAGCAAUUUUCUUUUUAUUCUAGACAGUCCCAAUUUUAACGCGACAAUGCGGUGGACUUUGGUCUCAUUGGCAGCAUCUCUCGCUCUUUCGAGUGCCUCGUCUUAUGUCGACGGCACUCCCUUAGCUGGCAUUAUUGCUGGAUCCGAGGCCAUUUCCGGGUUCGCUGCGCUCAACACUUCCAAUGAUACGCACUUAGAUCUCCUUCGGCGACAGAACGAUGGCAGAUGUGGGGCAAGCUUCAACAACCAGAACUGCGGCACGAGUGCUUGCUGCAGCCAAUUUGAAUACUGUGGAGUUGGGGAUUACUACUGCUCAGCUAUCCAGAACUGUCAGCCGCAAUUCGGGUACUGCGGUGAUUCACCGCCGCCAUCUUCGUCGGCCCCUCCAACUCCAACCACCUCAUCGGUUAUUAGCAUCCCUCCUCCACCUCCUACCACUUCAUCAGUGAUUAGUCUUCCUCCGCCCCCUCCGUCCUCAACGCCGACGCCUACUACUUCAUCCUCAAUUUUCAGCACCACAACUUCCCGGUCCUCGUCUGUGAUUGUUCCCACGUCCAGCACCGUUUCACCACCACUUCCAUCUUCCACUCUGGUCUCCACCAAUGGAAUGUGUGGUAACAUCACCACUUGUGCCGGUUCAAACUUCGGACCCUGCUGUAGUCAGUUUUGGUAUUGCGGAAGCUCCACUGAUUACUGUAGCUUUGGAUGUAACCCGCUAUUUGGAUCUUGCUCUGGAGUAGUGCUGCCAACAACUUCAUCAAUCAUACCUCCAAUCAGCUCCUCAACCAUUCCAGUCGUUUCCAGCUAUACUCUGCUUCUUCUGUGGUGUUUAAUCGAUGGGUUUGGGGUUAGAUCGGAGAAGCCCGGCGGAGAAGUGGGUUGUUGUCACUUGCUGGGACUUUGUUAGCAGAGAAGAGAAAAUUAGACAAUGUUCAAGUUCGCUGAAAUACCCAUUCAUUUUCGGCCCCCAUCGGCAGUCUUGGCUGCCUGUUCGGACUAGCUCACAGUGCUGACAACCUCCAAUGCAGCUGAAGACACUCCGCAUCGUGACUAACACCUCAAUUUACACAGUACAUCUUCAAACCUUAUGGUCCUGACAUUGAACUAUGUCGAUAUGUCCAGCAAGCUACAAUAUCCUCACGCUACACGAGGAGGAUCUCGGUAGCCUUAACGACAGCUAUGCAUCUAACAUCCUGGAUGAGGUUCUCUUGGAGCGUCGCAUUGAUAUCAAUCUUGGAUGCAAAUUCUUCUUUAAUGGUCAAGGAAAAUUCAACUAUAAAUUGGAAGUGGUAACGUGGAAGAACGGUACAACAGACCUGUGCGG